GCAUGACGGGAAAUUUUUCCAAACCUCUCAAAGGCAGUUUCGUCGCCUCACGUCUUUCACAAAAAAAUCAUUGCUGGGCAAUCGAGAAAAAUAAAAUAUGUCCAUGUUAUCUAUUCGUGUUGCAGCCCGUGCGGCAAGGCGACUUCCAAACAAUUCUCAAGUAGUAGCUUUGAUUGCUCCAGCAACUAAUGUUGCAGCACGAAAUUUCCAUGCAUCUGCCAUUAAUAAUUCAGCUGAAAUUAGUUCAAUUUUGGAAGAAAGGAUCCUUGGAGCAACCACCAAAGGUAAUCUUGAUGAAACUGGUCGUGUCUUAAGUAUUGGUGAUGGUAUUGCCCGUGUGUAUGGUCUUAAGAAUGUACAAGCCGAGGAGAUGGUGGAAUUUUCUUCUGGCCUUAAGGGUAUGGCUCUUAACUUGGAACCUGACAAUGUUGGUGUAGUAGUAUUUGGUAAUGACAAACUGAUUAAAGAAGGUGAUAUUGUAAAGAGAACUGGUGCUAUUGUGGAUGUACCAGUAGGUGAUCAAUUGUUGGGUCGUGUAGUUGACGCCUUAGGUAACGCAAUUGACGGUAGGGGACCAAUUGAUACCAAACAACGUUUCCGAGUUGGUGUCAAAGCCCCUGGUAUUAUUCCAAGGGUCUCAGUAACAGAGCCUAUGCAGACUGGUAUUAAAGCUGUAGACUCAUUGGUGCCCAUUGUAAAACUGCCCUCGCUAUCGACACGAUCAUUAACCAGAAGAGGUUUAACGACGCUGAUGAUGAAAAGAAAAAAUUAUACUGUAUCUAUGUAGCCAUUGGUCAGAAGAGAUCCACCGUCGCUCAAAUUUUAAAGCGACUCAUGGACACCGGUGCUGACAAGUACACCAUCAUUGUUUCAGCCACAGCUUCCGACGCCGCCCCCUUGCAAUAUCUUGCUCCCUAUUCAGGCUGUGCCAUGGGAGAAUAUUUCAGAGACAACGGUAAACACGCCCUCAUCAUUUAUGAUGACUUGUCAAAACAGGCUGUUGCUUAUCGUCAAAUGUCUCUGUUGUUGAGACGUCCUCCAGGUCGUGAGGCUUAUCCCGGUGACGUAUUCUACUUGCAUUCACGUCUUUUGGAACGUGCCGCCAAAAUGUCCAAUGCCAAUGGGGGUGGUUCCCUAACUGCUUUGCCCGUCAUUGAAACCCAGGCCGGUGACGUUUCUGCCUACAUUCCAACCAACGUCAUCUCCAUCACUGACGGACAAAUAUUCUUGGAAACUGAAUUGUUCUACAAAGGUAUCAGACCAGCCAUCAAUGUUGGUCUGUCCGUAUCUCGUGUAGGAUCAGCUGCCCAGACAAAAGCCAUGAAACAGGUUGCCGGUUCUAUGAAACUGGAAUUGGCUCAGUAUCGUGAGGUAGCCGCCUUCGCCCAGUUCGGUUCCGAUUUGGACGCUGCCACCCAACAACUUUUGAACAGAGGUGUUCGUUUAACGGAAUUAUUAAAACAGGGUCAAUAUGUACCCAUGGCUAUCGAAGAACAAGUAGCGAUCAUCUAUUGUGGUGUCCGGGGCCACCUUGACAAACUUGAUCCUAGCAAGAUCACCGUUUUCGAAAAGGAAUUCUCCCAACACAUCAA